CUCCAGCCAAUCACUGCUGGGACUGCUCCAAACAUUUUGACUGCGGCAGAGCUGUACCCAGGUAGAAGCUGCCUGCUAGUGGAAGUUGUGCAUGAACAGAGAGGCUGGAAGGGUAAAAUAAAGAGUACAGGUGCAGCAAUGGCAGUGAACGACAGUGUCCUGAGCUCCGCAUACCUUGCUGUGGAUUAUGUGGAUUCCAUGUUACCAGACAAUCCACUCCAGCAGCCUUUAAAAAACGCCUGGGACUACAUUCUCAAUAAUUAUACCAAGUUUCAGAUUGCCACUUGGGGUUCCCUUAUAGUUCAUGAGUUUAUAUACUUCCUCUUCUGCCUUCCUGGAUUCCUCUUCCAGUUUAUUCCUUUCAUGCAAAAGUAUAAAAUACAACAGGAUAAACCUGAAACCUGGGAAAAACAGUGGAAAUGCUUCAAGAUGCUGCUAUUUAAUCACUUUUUCAUUCAGCUUCCCAUGAUUUGUGGAACCUACCACUUCACAGAGUUCUUCGGCAUUCCUUAUGACUGGGAUACAAUGCCACGAUGGCCCUACCUUCUAGCCCAGUGCUUUGGUUGUGCAGUAAUUGAAGAUGCGUGGCACUACUUCUUGCACAGACUGCUUCAUCACAAAAGAAUCUACAAAUACAUCCACAAGGUUCAUCAUGAGUUCACAUCGCCAUUUGGGAUGCAGGCAGAAUAUGCCCACCCUCUGGAAACAAUCAUUCUCGGCACUGGAUUCUUCAUUGGGAUUAUGGUCUUCUGUAACCAUGUGACUCUUCUUUGGGCUUGGGUAACUUUCCGUCUGUUGGAAACCAUCGAUGUACACAGUGGCUACGACAUCCCCAUGAAUCCACUACACCUUGUACCAUUCUAUGCUGGGGCUCGCUUUCAUGAUUUUCAUCACAUGAACUUCGUUGGGAACUAUGCCUCUACCUUCACCUGGUGGGACAAAAUCUUCAACACAGAUUCCCAGUACAACAGCUACCACCAAAAACUGGAAGAGAAGAAGAUCAAAUAGGAGUACUCCAUUGAACUGCUACAGUUUUUAUUGCACUCAGUAUCACUGAUUCAGCACUGAUUACUCAGUAAUCAAAAUACACACUUUGCAAUUCUCUGUUAUUAUGUUCAGCAAUGGUCUGUUGGUAUGACUGAAGUAAAUUUGAUAGAAUUGCAUUAUUCUACUGUAAAUUUGAAACUGUCAGUUAUAUAAGUGAGUAGAUUCAUUUAUAUAUUUUCUUACUGUCAUUAAUUAUUUUUAAAUCAUUUUUCAAUGAGUGUUUUAAGGUAGUACUGCACACAUUCCAUCUGAAUUGUUGGGAUAACCUGGGUGGAAUAAAUUAUCCCUAUGGGACUGGCACUUAAAUCUAAACUGGAAACUAAUUGGCUAUCAGCCUAAAUUAUCUGGGCAAUGUUGGUAUAAUACUACGACUACUCAAUGUUAAUUUUAAAACAACAAACAAAAAACAAGUCGGAUAUACUUGUACAUUCUCGUGUCCUAUUUCCAUCUGUCUGUUUCAAUUUGUAACUUUGUAAGUACAGUACUGUAAUCCACUCCUAAAAAGACAAACCGUGCCUUUUCAUGAACAAAAGUAAGCCACCAAUCAAGCCUUGUUUUGAGGUUAGUGGUAAUACAGCAAUAAGCAGUUGAAGAAACUUUGUGUAGGUGUUAUAUAGGUUUGUCUGGAUACAUAGGUAAGAUGUAGACUCAUUUAUUAGUAUGGUAUCUACAAAUAGGUCUGCCAAGAAAACAAACCAUUGUACACGGCAGUGAUUGUGAUAUUCUAGAAGACCAAGGUGUCUUAUUAACGGUUUCACACCCAAUGCUGGGCACUUAAAUAAACUUAAAAAUGUACCGUGUGGGGAAAAUACUGAAUAGAUUUUUAUACAUAUUUAAAUACAAUUGCCACAUUCCACAAGUAAUCCAGAUAUAAUAAUUGAGAGACAUAGAUUAAAAGUAGAAAUUGUUGAUAUUCUAUACAAAAACUCUUCUAGAAUAUCUGGGACACAUGCUUGUCUAUGUCUAUGUCUAUGUCUAUAUAUAUAUAUAUAUAUAUAUAUAUAUAGAGAGAGAGAGAGAGAGAGAUAUAUAUAGAGAUAGAUACACCCAGUGUAGCCCAACUGGUGCAGCGUCUAACUUUUGGUGGGUGUAGUGUUUUCUUUUGUUGUUGACAUAGUGAUUGAAAUCAGAUUUGUAAAUGAAAAAGUUAUUCAAUUUUUUUGGUUUUCAUGGGGAUUAAAAGCAUACUGCUAAAAAAUAACAUCUCAAUAACAUUGUAAUUACUUGUAUGUAUACUGUACUGUAUGCUGGACUGCUUUACCGUGCUUGCUAGCAAAUGUGAUAUGAAUAUAAUCUGAUUUAUGUUUCAUGUUGUAUACAGUCCAUUUACUGUGUCAUCUAUCCUAAUGUAUUAGGAACAAUGUAUAAUGUUAAAUGGUGAGGAGUAGAAUCAUAAAACAAAUUUCAAAUAACAUUAUUAGGGCCUGCGUAUCCUUUUAUUAGCAUGUGCUUGUUGAUUACUAUAAAAGCUGUUACAUACACCUUCCAUUAUUUUUAUUAUCUCCUUCUUGAAAUAAGUAUCCAUGGCGCCUGUACAUAUGUAAGACUUGCAUAUAAAUAGGGGCAUUUACCCUCAAAUGUAGACAGCAGACAUGUUGUAGUACUGUGAUGUAAUUUCUGGGCAUCUACCUUUGAUUUAUAUAGAGAGAAAGCAGAUGUGCUCUUUUUACUUUCAGGAUAGACAUUAGGGUAAGUUUCAUAGUCAAAAGCAAGGUUCAGAAAUGUAUAAAGUCUACGAUAAUGAUAUUACACUUUUAGCUAGAGAUGAAGAAUGAUUGAUCUAUUUGAUAGCCCCAGAGAAUUCACAAGGGCUGUUAGUUUAAUAUUUAAAAUAUGAUUAUUAUUGUUAAUAUAUUACUACCCCUCUAAAUCUUAAACACAGAAGCUCAAACCAAUUCCAUGCUAAUGCUAACUGAAGUCCAUCAAAGUCAAGAAAUGUAACAUAUAUACAUAGUGACAGGGCCCUGCACACAGAAAUGUGUGUUUGUGGCAGGGAGAUGGUUAAAAUCUCCCUGCCAAACUAAAUUGUUAAUUGUUUUAUUUUUAAUUAUCACCUGCACCUGGCUACCAUUGUAAAUUAGAGCCAGGUGCAGGGUAUUUAAAGGAAGCAGCCAAUCUGCUCAGGGCUGCUGUGUGAGAAGGAGCCUGAUUUGAAGGUGUGCUCAAUUGAAAAAAUUGAAAAGCCCUUUUGUGUUAUUUGUUUUUUUGUUUGAUUUUGUUUUAACAGGUAAACAACUUAGCUGUCCUGUUUGUUAGUUAGGUUCCAGUGUGUUUUAGUUACUGCUCGAGUACAGCUAGGUGUUUGUUUUCGUUUUGUGUAUUUAUUUUGUAUUAUUAAAAAUAGCACGUAAGCGCUUUAAAAAACUAAA